AUGAACUAUAACACUGCCAGAAUUUUAACUAGAAAAAAUGGCUUCAAUAGACAUGAGAUCAGCACCUACCUGUUACCUGUGGUGAUUUCCGACAAUGAUUACCCCAUCCAAAGCAGCACGGGCACCCUGACCAUCCGCGUGUGUGCCUGCGACAGCCAAGGCAACAUGCAGUCCUGCAGCGCCGAAGCCCUGCUCCUCCCGGCCGGCCUCAGCACAGGCGCCUUGAUAGCCAUUCUCCUCUGUAUCAUUAUCCUGUUGGUGAUCGUCGUGCUGUUCGCGGCCCUGAAAAGGCAGCGGAAGAAGGAGCCGCUGAUCCUGUCCAAGGAGGACAUCAGGGACAACAUCGUGAGCUACAACGACGAGGGCGGCGGCGAGGAGGACACGCAGGCCUUCGACAUCGGCACGCUGCGCAACCCCGCGGCCCUGGAGGACGGCCAGCCCCGCCGCGACGUGGCGCCCGAGGCGCGGCUGCUGCCGCCGCGGACUCCGCCGGCCGCCGACAGCGCGGACGUGCGCGCCUUCAUCCACGCGCGGCUGCGGGAGCACGACGCCGACCCCGCCGCGCCGCCCUACGACUCGCUGGCCACCUACGCGUACGAGGGCGCGGGCUCGCCGGCCGCGUCGCUGAGCUCGCUGGAGUCGGCGGCCAGCGACGGCGACCAGGACUACGACUACCUGGGCGACUGGGGACCCCGCUUCCAGAAGCUGGCCGACCUGUACGCGGGGGCGGACAGCGACAAGGACGCCUGACCCGCCUGGCCCUGGCCCCCCGCGGCAGAAAGUGACCCCAGCCGCUCCAUCUCCACUGCGCACUCCCCGGCAUCCAGGAGGACGAUUUUCCUGCCACUCAGCACAAUCCCCCCCCCCCCCCGCCCCAUGCAUUUCUUAAUUUCUUCAUUAAUGGCAUUAAUUCUCUCCUGUAGGAUUGUCUCAUGGAAUAUAUACGACAAGUUUAUUUAAUCACUUCCAACAGCCAAAGCUAUGGAAAUUCAAUGUUGUCCAUCCUAGUAAAUAAAAGAUAAUUUCAGAAACACGGACAGGAUAGUUCUCCCUAAAGCAACCUCACAAACAGCCCUGCUUCUGUUAGGUACACGUCCUGCCCUCGCAAAUGUAGCUUUUACAAAGGCGAAGAAAAACAUUUAAGAUAUAUCCUGUUCUGUACAGAAAAACUUAAAAGAGCAAUGUACACGUGGUGUUAGUAGGUGUGAUAUGCAGCCUGGUAUCCAAACGUUUGUGCAGUCUCAUUUCAUCAAAUUCUAUCUGCUAAUGUUUUAUAUUUAUAUUUUUGUAUUUAUUUUUUAAAAAAAAUAAACCAGUUUUUACAACUA